UUAAAAAAGAACAAGAGAAGCAAUCGCACGGUCAAAUUUCCUCAUGAUAGUUUUCAGCUGAAUACAGACUUUUCUAAAGUUGCGGUACCGAAGAAGUGACUUGAAUAAAACAUUUCAACAUGAGUACCAAAGUAGAAACGAAAUCGAAGGGCACCUUUCAGCCGGAUUCAGAUGUUCAUAUCACGUACGAGGACCAGAUGAAGAUAAAUAAGUUCGCCAACUACAACGCGAAGGUAGAGGAUUUGAAGGAGGAGUUGCGCAUCAAACAGAACGAAUUGAAAAAUCUCGAAGAAGCGGGCGAUGAAAUUGAGCUGCUGGACGACGACGUUCAGAUCCCGUUUCUGAUGGGCGACGUGUUCCUUUCCCACGAUCAGGCUAAAACGCUCGAACUGUUGGCUGAAGCAAAGGAGCGGAAAAAGAAGGAAAUCAACCAUAUUCAACAGACAAACCGGGAUCUGCAGCAAAAGAUGGGCGACCUGAAGGGCUAUCUGUACGGACGUUUCGGUAGCAACAUUCAUUUGGAAAACGAUGAAUAAACGAAGUGUGCACAGGUAAAACUAUGUGAAAAAUCCGUGAUUGUGUUGCAUUUAUUUAGAAGCCGACACAAUGUUUCGAAACAAAAAUACGAUCUCGUCGACAGUCCGAGACAAACCGAGCUGCUCCAAGACACUUUCCGACACUGGUGAUCGAUGAUGUUCCCAGCGCAUCAGUUCCUGCAUUUUAAGCGCAAAUUUUGUCUUACCCACUUUGUUGCGCUUUCCAGUGAGGGGUCGUAAUUGAAAGCGGCUUUCCAUUUUCUCUCUUUCUGUUAAUAAAUCUUCGAUAGAAUCACACGA